AUGAUUUUAAUUAAAAUUGUGAACCCACAAAAUAAAGCCGAUGCCGUCGCCACCGAUGCCUUGGCCGCCGAUGGUGAAGGCGCUUGGGUUGCUGUUAAUGAUGCCGGUGCCGCCAAAGCCGCCGGGACCAAUGCCUUUUCCACCUUGUCCUGUGCCGAUGUUGAGUCCGUUGUUAAAAAUGCCCAGGCCGCCGUGGCCACCCUGUAUGGAAUCGCCGCCGGUGCCGCUGCCUAUGUUGAUGCCGUUGUUAACGAUGCCAGUACCACCGUUCUUGCCAUUGCCACUAGUGCCGGUACCGAUAUUGACGCCGGUGUUAACAAUGGUGGGGUUGUCGUUGCCUUUGCCUUUGUGGCCAUCGCCGAUGUUGACACCUGUGUUUUUGACCCCUUCGCCGUUGCCGAUGUCGACUCCUGGACCGCUGCCAACGGUGACGCCUUUAUCGCUGAUUUGGACACCACCGUCACCACCUUGGGUGACGCCAGAUGGAACGGGAACUGCAUCAGAUAA